AUGGCGGAGAAGCGGAGGGGCUCGCCGUGCAACAUGCUAAGCCUCAAGGCGCACGCCUUUUCCGUGGAGGCGCUGAUCGGCGCCGAGAAACAGCAACAGUUGCAGAAGAAGCGGCGAAAGCUGGACGCGGAAGAGGCGGCCGGGGCGGCGGACGACGGAGGCUGUAGCCGCAGCGACGGCGUUGGAGAAAAGGGUUCCUCCGAGAGAGACGAAGGCGUCGCACUCCCGCCGCCAACUGGGGCGGCGUCGGGGCCCGCCAGGAGCUGCUCAGACCUAGAGCGGAGCUGCGGCUCCCGGGGACCAGCGGGCGGCUGUGAGGACGGCUUCCUGCAGGGCUCUUCCCCGUUGGCGUCCCCAGGAGGCUCCCCGAAGGGAUCCCCGGCGCCCGCCCUGGUCCGGCCCGGGACUCCGCUACCCUCGCCGCAGGCUCCACGGGUGGAUUUGCAGGGAGCCGAGCUCUGGAAGCGCUUCCAUGAGAUCGGCACGGAGAUGAUCAUCACCAAGGCGGGCAGACGCAUGUUUCCAGCAAUGAGAGUGAAGAUCUCAGGAUUAGAUCCCCACCAGCAGUAUUACAUUGCCAUGGAUAUUGUGCCAGUGGACAACAAAAGAUACAGGUAUGUUUACCACAGCUCUAAAUGGAUGGUGGCGGGUAACGCAGACUCCCCUGUGCCACCCCGGGUGUACAUUCACCCAGAUUCGCCUGCUUCAGGGGAAACUUGGAUGAGACAAGUCAUCAGCUUCGACAAGCUGAAGCUCACCAAUAAUGAACUGGAUGACCAAGGCCACAUAAUUCUUCAUUCUAUGCACAAAUACCAACCACGAGUCCAUGUCAUCCGUAAAGACUGUGGAGAUGAUCUUUCUCCCAUCAAGCCUGUUCCAGUUGGGGAGGGAGUGAAGGCAUUCUCCUUCCCAGAAACUGUCUUUACAACUGUCACUGCCUAUCAAAAUCAGCAGAUUACUCGCCUGAAGAUAGACAGGAAUCCGUUUGCCAAAGGCUUUCGAGACUCUGGACGAAACAGAAUGGGUUUGGAAGCCCUGGUGGAGUCAUAUGCAUUCUGGCGGCCCUCACUACGGACUCUCACCUUUGAAGAUAUCCCUGGAAUCCCCAAACAAGGAAAUGCAAGUUCCUCCGCCCUACUCCAAGGUUCUGGGAAUGGUGUUCCUGCCACCCAUCCUCAUCUUUUGUCUGGCUCCCCUUGCUCCUCUCCUGCCUUCCAUCUGGGGCCCAACACCAGCCAGCUGUGUAGUCUGGCUCCAGCUGACUACUCUGCCUGUGCCCGCUCAGGCCUCACCCUCAACCGGUACAGCACGUCCUUAGCCGAGACGUACAACAGGCUCACCAGCCAGACCAGCGACACCUUUGCCCCACCCAGGACUCCCUCUUACGUGGGCGUGAACAGCAGCGCCUCCGUCAACAUGUCCAUGGGCGGCAGUGAUGGUGACACCUUCAGCUGCCCACAGACCAGCUUGUCCAUGCAGAUUUCAGGGAUGUCGCCCCAGCUCCAGUAUAUCAUGCCUUCACCAUCCAGCAAUGCCUUUGCUACAAACCAGACCCAUCAGGGUUCCUAUAACACGUUCAGAUUACACAGCCCCUGUGCCUUGUAUGGAUAUAACUUCUCCACAUCCCCCAAACUGGCUGCUAGUCCUGAGAAAAUUGUUUCUUCCCAAGGAAGUUUCUUGGGGUCCUCACCGAGUGGGACCAUGACCGAUCGGCAGAUGUUGCCCCCUGUGGAAGGAGUGCACUUGCUUAGCAGUGGGGGUCAGCAGAAUUUCUUUGACUCUAGGACCCUGGGAAGCUUAACUCUGUCAUCAUCUCAAGUAUCUGCACAUAUGGUCUGA